AUGGAGCACCAGGAGCUACAAAACAAGCUUGCUGCGUAUCAGCAGAACUUGGCCGCUCUUGAAGUUCAGAUUAAGAAUGAUCCUACGAACGAGCAGUUGAUCUCUCUCAGAAACAAUAUCCGUGAGUACAUCGAACUGACGAAAGAUCUACUGGGGAUCGGUGAGACUGCUAACGAGACAACUUAUUCUUCAUCAUGGAUGAAUCAGCCCACUGAAGGACUGACAUCAAAAAAUGUAGCCGGGAAAGAGGUAGCAGUCGGUCAGUACGUAUCUGUCUUCGCCCCCCAAUACCAGACGUAUGUAAAUGCGAUCGUCACGGAAGCAAAGCCUGGCACAGCCACAGUCACAGUAACACUUCUCGGAUAUGGACAAGCAUUGGAGGUUGGGAUGAUGGUUGAAGGAAUUUAUUCAGCAGAUGGAUAUUGGUAUACAGCGAGGAUCGAUCAGGUUCAACCAGACGGAAAGUACUUUGUUACUUACACGGACUAUGGGAAUAGUGAAAGCAUAGACAUCCGUCAUAUUCGCAUAAACCCAGCAUUGCUUGGACAGGUUGAUCAAGAUGACGAUGACGCUAAGGGCAAAGGGAAGGCAAACGACAAGAAAAGAAAGUCUACUGAUGAUCCAACUGAUGAUCCGGCGUUGGCUGAUUUUGUCAUCCCGGAAAAAUUAAAGAUCAGACCCAUGGAUACAGAGGAUGUCAAAGCACAAAAGCGCAAGAAGAUUCAUGCUCUGAAAUCAGCGCAUCGUAUGAAGAAGAGCGAAGCAGAAAAGAACCAAAAGGCCCAAUCAUGGACCAACUUUGCUCAGAAAGCGGGAUCAUCCAAGUCAAAGCUCAAAGGCUUCAUGAGCACAACGAAGAAGGAGAGCAUUUUUAAGACUACGGAGGAGGGAAAGGUUGGCGUCACGGGAAGUGGAAAGGGGAUCACAAAUUGGCAGCAGCUAGACAUUCAUUCGGUCAAGAAGGCGCAAAACCUCGCAACAAGGACCGAGGAAGACUGA